AUGUUCAGUGGCCCUUACGGAGGCACCCUGUCGAUGGGCGAGUACGAGAGCGUCCUAAUGGUGGCGAGUGGCUUCAGCAUCGCUGCCUUCGUACCACACCUGAAGAAGCUAAUCUACGGCUAUAACACUCGCGCGGUCCAAACUCGCCGCAUUCAUCUAGUGUGGCAGAUAAAGAAUGAAGGUGGGAUUGUUGAACCACUUAACAUUGCGCUAGAGGAGGAUAAAUUAGAUGAUGGCUAUAUCCUCUUGAUUUCAGUGUAUGUUGAAACUAUGAGCUUGCCUAAAAAGCCAUUUGGCGAACGACCUACUAUGUAUCCGGGGUCCGGUCCCUUGCUAGAGAUCUUCCUCGCAGAGCUCUUAGGAAAUAAUAUCAAGGUCUACGCAGCGGAAGUCAGUGCUAAAGGACAGAAGGCUUUAGAACAGAGCGAGUUAACAUCUAGAGAUGGAGGGAUGCUUGUUGUAGCUUAG